ACGCGUUCAAAUUGUAGUAUGACUGACUUGACAGAGGCGUUGAAGCCCGAACUAUGGACGGUAUCGUCGAAUGAAGCACUAAAAUUGUUUGUAGCAGAGCCCAAUGGCACAGCUAUUAACUUCAAGCCCGCCUUCACGUACCCAGUUUUCGGUGAUAGUGAGAGUAUUUUCGGAUUCAAGAACUUGGUCAUCUUCUUGUGCUUCGACCACUACACCUUCUAUCCAUUCUUGAACGUCAAAUAUGAUACCAAGUUGAACGACGAGGUGGAAGAGCCCAAGGACACAAUCAUGAAGUUUCUUCCUGAGCUGACGGUAUUUAAGGAUGAAAUCAAAUGGGUGGAUGCUAUUAAGAACGAGAAGGAAACAUAUUCUAUUCCAGGCACAAUAGUUGGUGGAUUCGAGAGCUUUGCCAUCUAUAAAAUCGACAUGAAGCAAGCAGCAGCCGUUGAAUUGCACAAAAGACUCCAGAUCUUAGUAUUGUUGUAUAUUGAAGCAGGUUCUUUCAUCGACCACAAGGACGAAUUAUGGGACUUAUAUGUGAUUUAUGAUACUCCAAAUGACCCUGAAGAUGAGCCUUCAAUUGUUGGGUUCGUCACAGCCUACAACUACUGGAAGUAUCCUGGAGCCUCCAAUUUCGACGCAGGUAUCAAGCAGCUGAGAAAGAAAAUCAGUCAGUUUGUGAUUCUACCCAACUUCCAGGGGCAGUCCAUCGGCAGCAAAACGUAUUCUGCCUUGUACGAUUUAUGGUUAAAAGACGACCAGAUAGUGGAAAUUGUGGUGGAGGACCCCAAUGAACACUUCGAUGAUAUGAGAGACAAGAGUGAUUUGAACAGGCUAAAGCUGGUCAUUAACUUGAAAGACAUUAACCUCACCAAGGUUAAGUCUGAGGCCUGGCUCGAGACCUUUCGAGUGGAACAGAAGUUGGAGAAGCGUCAGUUCAACCGGUUGGUGGAGAUGAUCUUGCUUAGCAACUUCAAGACAUUCAAAAACUUGAGCUACAAAAAUAUCCGACUCUUCAUCAAGCAGAGAUUGUACAAUAAAAACAAAGAGGCGUUGCUCUCAUUGGAGAAGCCUGUGCGGUUAGACAAGCUCCAAACCGCGUACCAAACGUUGGAAGAAGACUACUAUAGAAUCCUUAACGGGUUGAACUUGUAUCCCAAGAGACCCAUUGAAGAGGAGGCAAACCUGUCGAAGAGAAUUAAAGUAUAGCUCCCGUGUAUAGUGUUUUCAGCAGUUGUGUACAAAGUAAAACCUACUCCC